AUGUCGUAAGGUCACCACACGCUCCGCAGAAAAAUCAUAUUAUUUGUAAUGAGGUCAUAAAACAUGUCUUAAGGUUGCCACACGCUUCGCAGUAAAGAAAGUUGUCACGUGUCUCCCUCUCGCUCUCCUUCUCAUCCGAAAACUUCAGACGGUUCUUGUAAGAUAAGAUGGUGGCAAAUGCAGUAACAGGCAUUGCUGCUCCAUUGAAAUGCGCAUUGUUUCCCUGUCAAGGAUUUCAGGGGUCGACUCGACGCUUGCAGUGGAGAAAAAAUGAGAGACAGUGUGCAAGGAAAGCUGGCCAUGGUGUAAUAACAGCCAAAUUUGACCUAAAACCCCCACCAUACCAACUGGAUGCUUUGGAGCCUCAUAUGAGCCAUGAAACAUUUGAAUACCACUGGGGAAAGCAUCACAGGGCUUAUGUAGACAACCUCAACAAGCAAAUAGCUGGAACAGAACUAGAUGGAAUGACAUUAGAAGACAUAGUAUUUGUUACAUAUAACAAAGGAGAUCUCCUUCCACCCUUCAACAAUGCUGCUCAGGUCUGGAAUCACGAUUUUUUCUGGGAGUCAAUGAAACCAGGUGGUGGAGGAAAACCUUCAGGAGAACUUCUAGAUUUAAUUAACAGAGACUUUGGUUCUUUCGAAGAAUUUGUUGAAGAGUUCAAGAGGGCUGCGACAACACAGUUUGGUUCUGGUUGGGCGUGGCUUGUGUACAAAGCAAAUAGACUGGAUGUUGGAAAUGCAGUAAAUCCACGUCCAUCGGAUGAGGACAAGAAGCUUUUAGUGGUGAAGAGUCCUAAUGCUGUGAAUCCUCUAGUAUGGGAUUACUUUCCACUACUUACUGUUGACGUUUGGGAGCAUGCUUAUUACAUCGACUAUCAGAACCGGCGACCAGAUUAUUUAUCUAUCUUCAUGGAUAAGCUUGUUUCUUGGGAAGCUGUGAGUUCCAGGCUCAAAUCUGCUAAGGCUGAGGCCACGGAGAGGGAAAUAGAAGAACAGAGAAAGAGAAAGGAGGAAGAAGAGUAUGGAACAGCAAAUUCUGAAGCAGUAGAAAUGUAUUUGGAAAAUGAUGAUUCUGAGGCUGAUUGAUUUCUCUUCAAAGUAAUAGGGUUUUGAUUCAAUUUUGAUAUGAUAUUUGAGGCUUGUAUUAGCAAGCAUAUUAAAUAACUCUGAAUAUGGUUCCUGUUACUCAUCAUACAACGGGAAAAUUUCAGCGGCCUCUAAAUAUGCAAUGUGAAUCGAUUGGUUCUUUGCUUAUUUUUAACAGUUUCACUUUCUCGGUUGAGCAAUAA